AUGAGGGAAGAAAAAGAAAACCCUUCAGAGAACAGGUCCAAAGCUUCAAAAUUUUCUGAUCAAAACCAACCCCCAAAGCCUCAAAACACCAAGGGAACUAUCCCCAACAACAACAGCUCCAAAACCAGGUUGUGGGGUGCUCACAUUGUGAAGGGAUUCUCUGCUGACAAAAAAGCAAAACCCUUUGCCAACAAAAAACAAACAAUAGCAUCUUCAACAACAAUCUCGGAAAAUGUUGUUACAAGCCAGAAGAACAACAACAGCAACCCUUUUGUGCCUUCUCAUUCCAGAGUGAAGCGGUCCCUCAUAGGUGACUUGUCAUGUUCAAUCAACCCCGCUCAGGUUCAUCCACAUGCAUUCCCAACUCAUAGGAGACAAUCUUCCACUGAUUUGUUCACUGAGUUGGAUCACAUGAGGGGCUUGUUGCAAGAGUCUAAGGAGAGGGAGUGCAAGCUGAAUGCUGAGCUGACAGAGUGUAGGAAGAGGGUGAGUGAGGUGGAUGAGGUUGUGAAGAGGGUUGGUUUGUUGGAACAAGAGAAGGCCACUCUCACUGAGCAAUUGGCUGCCUUGAAUUGUGAGGAAGUGAAAGGGGAAGAAGAGCAGCACAAGGAAGUGAAAUGGAAGAAUCUUGAACUGGAAGUUGUGGAGUUGAGGAGGCUGAAUAAGGAGCUGCAGAUGCAGAAGAGGAACCUCACUUGCAGGCUUUCUUCUCUUGAGGCACAGUUGGCUUGUCCUAACAAAUCUUCUGAGAGUGAUGUUGUUGCCAAAAUUAAAGCCGAGGCAGUAUUGCUGAGGGUCACGAAUGAAGACCUAUGCAAACAAGUGGAAGGUUUACAGAUAAGCAGAUUGAAUGAGGUUGAAGAGCUUGCCUACUUGAGGUGGGUGAAUUCAUGUUUAAGAAACGAGUUGAAGAACACAUGCUCAGAAUUGGAUUCUGAUAAGCCAUCCAGCCCUCACACAGUUUUGAGAAGUAGUGGAGAUUGUGUGAGUUCUUUCUCUGAUCAAGCCAAUAGGUACUUAAAUUGUGGCAGUGCAAAUAGGUUCAACAUGAUGAAGAAGCCAAAAAAGUGGCCCAUAACAUCACAAGUAGAGUGCCAAGGCAGUCUCGUUGAGAAAAAUUGGAUUGAAUCAGAUGUUGUAGGGGCAAGUCCUCGAAGAAGACACUCUAUCAGUGGAUCAAACUACUCAGAGGAAGAGGUUGUUUUGAGUAAGAGAAGACAGUCUGAUUGUUUUGUCUGUUCAAAAGAAAUGGAAAAGGAAUCAGUGUCAUUGUCGGUUCAACAAUCUGGUUUGGAGAUUGUCCAAAGACCACAAUAUUUUGCCAAUUGCCAAGAAACUAACAAGCUUUUGGUUUCUUCAGAUGUUGAGAAGAGGGCCCUACGCAUUGCUAAUCCCCCUCCAAGGCCUUCAUGUUCUAUUUCCCACAAAAUAAAACAGGAAAGUUCAGCUCAAGUUCUACCUCCCCCACCUCCACCUCCUCCACCACCUCCUAUGAAUUUUGGAUCAAGAAGUAACACGGCAACAGUGAAACGAGCCCCACAAGUGGUGGAAUUGUACCAUUCACUUAUGAAGAGAGACUCUAGAAAGGAUUCUUCAAAUGGAGGACUCUCUGAUGCACCGGAUGUUGCUGAUGUUCGUAGCAGCAUGAUUGGAGAAAUUGAAAACCGUUCAUCACACUUGCUUGCUAUAAAGGCAGAUAUUGAGACUCAGGGAGAAUUUGUGAAUUCACUGAUUAGAGAGGUGAACAAUGCUGUUUAUCAGAACAUAGAAGAUGUAGUGGCAUUUGUGAAGUGGCUGGAUGAUGAACUGUGUUUCCUUGUGGAUGAGAGGGCAGUCCUCAAGCAUUUUGAUUGGCCAGAGAAGAAAGCCGACAUAUUAAGAGAAGCAGCAUUUGGGUAUCAAGAUUUGAAUAAAUUAGAAUCUGAAGUUUCCUCCUACAAGGAUGAUCCUCGGCUACCUUGUGAUAUUGCUCUGAAGAAAAUGGUUGCAUUGUCAGAAAAGAUGGAGCGUACAGUUCAUAACCUUCUUCGCACAAGAGAGUCAUUAAUGCGUCACUGCAAGGAGUUUCAAAUUCCCAUAGAAUGGAUGCUUGACAAUGGAACUAUUGGCAAGAUAAAGCUAAGCUCUGUUAAAUUGGCUAAAAAGUAUAUGAAAAGGGUAGCUAUGGAACUUCAAGCAAAGUCAGCAUUAGAAAAAGAUCCAGCAAUGGAUUACAUGCUUCUCCAAGGAGUGAGAUUUGCUUUCAGAAUCCAUCAGUUUGCUGGAGGAUUUGAUGCAGAAACAAUGCAUGCAUUUGAGGAGCUUCGCAAUCUGGCUUCUCUUCUAAACAAAACAUGA